UUCAUCAUCUUAUUAUUCCUCAAUUUGAUUUUUCUGGAAGUGAAAGCAUUUUUUCGGAUUCCAAUCUGGUACUUCUGUGAGUUAUUGGAUUUCAUUAUUGCGAAUGCGAAAACGGUCAAUGCUCGUGGAUUUUCUCAGUAAUAUUGGCGAUUUUCUUGCUGAUUUUUUAGGAUCCAUCUCGAACCCUAGAUUUUUGCUGCAAUUUCAAUGAAGCGUUGGAUUGUUUUCAUUUAGCUAUUAACGACUGGAGCUUUGAUUUUUUUUUGAAUCUUGGGGAUUGUUUGGAAGUCGUUUGGGCUAGGAUUCAAUUCGAUUUGGUGAAUGGAGCCUCCGGUUGUGAAAAAGAGGGGACGACCGAGGAAACGGAAGAGAGAGGAGGAUGAAAACUCGGGUGCGGACGCUAAGAGGCUGGCCGUCGAAACGAAACCAAUUGCAUUGUUGGGUCGAUAUAUGAUGAAAGAGUUUGAGGACAAUGGAAUUUUUCUUGGGAAAGUUGUGUAUUAUGCUGAUGGUUUGUAUAGGGUUCAUUACGAAGAUGGGGACUGUGAAGAUUUAGAAAGCCGUGAGAUUCGUGGGAGAAUUUUGAAUGACAACGAUUUUAACAGUAAAUUGAACACCAGAAGGAAGAAACUAGAUGAGUUGAUAUUGAGAAGUAGAGUAAAACAUGGUGUGGAUGUGGAAUCAAAAAAAGAGGAGGAUAAGGUUGAAGCAUCCACAACAAUUGAUUUGCCUGGUGGAACAGUUACUGAAAACGACGAGGGAGAAGUUGAUGGUGAUGAUGAUUCAUCAAAUGAUUCUUCUGAGUACGCCAAAGAUAGAGACUUGAGUAUUGAAGAUGAGGUACCAGCUGUUCCUCCGCCUGAAUUGCCACCUUCUUCCGGAACCAUAGGUGUGCCGGAGCAGUAUGUAUCACAUCUUUUCUCAGUUUAUGGUUUCUUGCGAUCGUUUAGCAUCUGUCUGUUCCUGAGCCCGUUUACUUUGGAUGAUUUUGUGGGAUCACUUAAAUGUCGUGUUCCAAACACUUUGUUGGAUGCAAUCCAUGUUUCUCUAAUGCGUGCUUUGAGGCGUCAUCUUGAUAGACUCUCUGAAGAUGGUUCAGAGCUUGCAUCAAAAUGCUUGAGGUGCAUUGACUGGAGCUUGCUUGAUACAUUGACUUGGCCUGUUUUCCUGGUCCAGUAUUUAACUAUUAUGGGAUACACAAAAGGACCAGAGUGGAAGGGAUUUUACGAUGAGGUUUUGGGAAGGGAGUAUUAUUCUUUAUCAGUGGGUAGGAAGCUGCUUAUUCUGCAAGUGCUUUGUGAUGAUGUCCUUGAUUCAGCAGAACUAAGAGCUGAAAUUGACUUACGUGAGGAGUCAGAAGUUGGAAUAGAUUAUGAUGCAGAAGCAGUGAAUCCUCCUGAAAAUAAACCAAAAAGGGUUCAUCCCAGGUAUUCAAAAACUUCUGCCUAUAAGAACAGAGAAUCUAUUGGGAUUUUUGGAGCAACCCAAAUGAGUAGCACUCCUAGUAAAUUAAAUUGUCGGGGUCCCAAAGGUAAAAAUGGUGAUUUGGAUGCUGUUGAUAUGGAUGUGGAUCGAAAUAGUGAUGAAUGCCGGCUUUGUGGUAUGGAUGGAACCUUGCUUUGCUGUGAUGGGUGCCCAUCUGCAUAUCACACCAGGUGUAUAGGUGUUAUGAAAUUGUCUAUACCAGAAGGGUCAUGGUAUUGUCCUGAGUGUACAAUUAACAAGUUGGGACCGACUAUAACAUUCGGAACGUCCCUUAGAGGAGCAGAAACUUUUGGCAUUGAUUCUUAUGGGCAAAUCUUCUUGGGUACUUGCAACUACUUAUUGGUGCUCAAGGCUUCUGUCAUUGAAGAACCAUGUCUUCGAUAUUACAAUAGGGAGGACAUUCCAAAAGUCCUGCAGGUGCUUUGUACCUCUACCCAGCAUGAAUCUUUGUACUUGGGGGUUUGCCAAGCAGUUCUGCAGUAUUGGGAUAUCCCCUCAAGUAUCUUAUCUCUUUCAGAGAGGACCAUCAGGGAUGCAAAUUUAUCAAAUCUAAAAGAAGAUUCCAACUGUCCUACUUUAUCACUUCCUCCUCCCCACAAGGAUAUCCGUAGUGAUACUGCUAGCUUAGAUCAAAGUUGGGUAGAUAAUGAGACAUCUAUUAUUUACCCAGUGCAAGUUGGCUUUUCUGGAACUCAGAUUAGUGGUGACACCAAACAAUUGGAGUAUCCUCUCAUGAAUAUGAAGCUACCUGAGGGGAAUGGGUUGACAAGUUUAGUUAGACAGCGUGCCGAUCCAUCUGAUACUACCAGUCAAAAUUUGGUUGAGAGAUCACUUUAUGCAUAUUCUUCAGAAAACAGCAAUUGCAGUUACACUGAGCAUGCAAAAGGAAGUAAUUGCCCAUUGAAUCUAUCUUCUCAAAGAAAAGAUGGCAGAACUGUAGCUUUAGGAAAGGAUUUACACAAUUCAAAUAACGAUUGUGUUUUUAUGGGGCACCUUUAUAAACCCCAGUCAUACUUAAAUCACUAUAUGCAUGGGGACUUUGCUGCAUCAGCUGCUGCUAAAUUGGCUACUCUUUUGCCCGAGGAUCCUCGGCAUUCUGAAGCUCAUGCUUCAGAUAAUUCCAAAAAAGCUUCAUCUGAAAACUAUUUGCAAGCUAAAGCAUUCUCACUAACAGCCUCACGUUUCUUCUGGCCAACUUCUGAAAAGAAGCUUGUAGAGGUUCCAAGAGAGAGAUGUGGUUGGUGCCUUUCCUGUAAGGCUUCUGUUUCAAGCAAGAGAGGGUGCAUGUUAAAUCAUGCAGCCUUGUCUGCCACUAAAGGUGCUAUGAAGACCCUAGCCAGCCUCCGUUCCAUAAAGAGUGGAGAAGGGAUUCUUGCAAGCAUUGCAACAUACAUAUUGUAUAUGGAAGAAAGUUUGUGUGGUCUAUUACUUGGCCCCUACUUGAACACAAAUUAUAGGAGAGAAUGGCGGAAACAGGUUGAACAGGCAUCAACUUGCAGUGAAUUAAAAACCUUAUUGCUUCAACUUGAGGAAAAUAUCCGGAUCAUUGCGCUUUCUAGUGAUUGGGAUAAGCUUGUUGAUGAUUGGUUAGUUGAGUAUUCUGCAGUACAAAAUGCUAUGCCCACUGCUGGAGCAACACAAAAACGUGGUCCUGUUGGAAAGCGUAACAAGAAGCAAGCUGCUAUGUCUGAAUUGACAACCGAUGGUAGCCGUGAAAAAAGUUUUGUCUGGUGGCAAGGGGGAAAGCAAUCAAAGCUUGUAUUCCAGAAAGCAAUUUUACCCCUUUCGAUGGUUAGAAGAGCAGCUCGUCAAGGAGGUUCGAGGAAGAUCUCUGGAAUAUGUUAUACUGAUGGUCCAGAGAUUCCUAAAAGAAACAGACAGUUAGUUUGGAGGGCUGCUGUGGAAAUGAGUACAAAUGCUUCCCAGCUUGCACUUCAGGUCAGAUACCUGGAUCUGCAUGUAAGAUGGAAUGAUCUCGUUCAUCCUGAGCUAAAUAUCUUGGAUGGGAAAAAUGUUGAGACCGAAGCUUCUGCUUUUAGAAAUGCAGUUAUUUGUAGCAAAAAAGUUGUAGAAAGCAAGGUUACUUAUGGAGUUGCUUUUGGCCACCAAAAGCAUCUUCCUUCUCGUGUAAUGAAGAGCAUCAUUGAAAUAGAGAAAAGUCAGGAUGGAGAGGACAAGUAUUGGUUUUCUGAAAUUCGUGUUCCUUUAUACUUGAUUAAACAGUAUGAAGUGAGUGUAAAUGAAAGGUCAUUGCCAUCAGUUCAGGAGCCUUUUAAUUUGCUUACCAAGUUAAAGAGACAACAGUUGAAGCGUACUCACAGAGACAUAUUUUUCUAUCUUACAUGCAAGAGAGAUAAUCUGGAGAUAUACUCUUGUAUUUCAUGCCAUCGAGAUGUUGUAGCCCAGACUGCGGUCAAGUGUAGCAUAUGCAAAGGUUCUUGUCAUAGUGACUGUACAAUUACUUCAUCAUUUCAUAUGAACGAGGACGUUACCUUCUCCACAAUGUGCAAGCAGUGCCAUGGAAAGAAUGCAACUUGCAAUGAAUCUCCAACUAGUCCUUUUCAUUUGGAAGUGGCAGUGUAUCAAAAGUUGAUGGCUGCCAAUAAGGGCUCCAGGGCUCGCGACACACGUACCGAACUUAAACAAGUGGCCUCUGAAUCUACUUCAACAGCAAAAAAAGCUUCGAAACUAUCAUCUGUAGCAAAAAAACCUCCUUCCAAAUCCACUUCUGCAGCAAAAAAAACUUCUUCUAAAUCUACUUCAGUGGCAAAAAGUCGGCCGAAGUUGGGUUCUUGGGGUAUUAUAUGGAAGAAGGCGAAUUCAGAUGCAUGUGUUGAUACCAGUGUUAGUUUCAGGCAAAAUAACAUUCUUUUAAAGAAUGGUUCGGUUUCGCAUAGAAAGGAACCUGUGUGCAGUAUUUGUCGUAAGCCAUAUAGGCCAGAUCUAACGUAUGUUUGUUGUGAAACUUGCCAAAAAUGGUAUCAUGCCGAAGCUCUUCAAUUUGACGAGUCAAGGCUCUUUGAUGUGGCGGGCUUCAAAUGUUGCAAGUGUAGGAGGAUAAAAUCGCCAAAAUGUCCUUAUACUCCUCCUAAAGAAGGAGCUAAUUCUGAUCCAAGUGAAGCUGCUACACCUACACCUAUGACCAGGCCUCGAGUCCCAAAAAUACGCUUCACAUUGAAGCGAGAAAGUUCUGGAGUGGACUCCGACUCUGGAGCCAUUCUUAAUUUUAAUCAAAGCGAACCUUCUACUCCAUUGUUUCCAGUAGAAGAAGUGUCUCAACACAAUGAUCCCCUUCUUCGUCCUCUCACGACUGAUGCUCAGUUAAUCACGGAGCCUAAGUUAAAAGUGGAUACUGAAUGGGAUUCGACGGGUAAGGCAGUGCCACAUAAAUUACCAGUAAGGAGGCAGGUGAAGCAUGAAGGGGAUUCGGAGGUUUAUUCAGACGGUAAUUUUUCUGAUGCUGAAGCCUUCACACAUUAUCAAAUGGAAAACCCCACGGAAGCCACAGAUGGCACGUUAUUCCCUUCUACAGAAUGGAAUGCUUCUGUACAAAGUAUUGAGGAGGAAAUGAUGUUUGAUGAUGUUUUAGAUUAUGGGAAUCUAGACUUCGAACCCCAAACGUUAUUCACUUUCUCAGAGUUGCUGGGAGUUGAUGCUUCUGGGGAUGAUCCAGAAGGUCAGGGAAAAGUUGUUGGCACAAAUCCUCCUGAUAAGGUCCCUGAACAGUACACAACAACAAACACUUCAAAAGAAGGAUCAGAGCCCACACUCCCUCCUGGAAAAUGUAAUUUUUGUAUGCAAUCAGAACCAUACCCUGAUCUUUCUUGUCAGAGUUGUGGGCUUUCGAUACACAGGCAUUGUUUAACUUCAACCGAGCCAUCAUCUUGGGAUGGCGACUGGAAAUUAUGCUACUGUCAAGAGUGGCGUUAGUUACUCUUCUUUUUUUUUCAUUAAUGAUUCCCAAAUUCCCUCAAAGGUGUUAAUCUUGUGUCAAAGAAUCUCCAAACGACGACGACGACGGGUUAAUGUGAACUCGAGGAAGCAUAAGAAAGCUAAUUCUGUAGAGCUAAAGCCAACAGAAACUCAAAGGCAAGCUUUUUCUGCAUCAUUUUGAUAUCUUGUUGAUAGGAAUUCCUUCUUGGCAAGCUCAUUUUCCAGUACAUUCAGAUUUAUCCUUCCUCCCGGACAGUUUAGGAAAUCAAAAAAAGGCCACUGGUAGAUCGUUUUGUUGAUGCAUAAAUUGCUUUAUAUCUAGUUAAGAAGGCCAUUAUUGUUUUAAAGCUACAAAUCAGAUAUUAUGUGAUGUUGGAAGAUAAGCAAAUUUUUUUAAUAUUGUGCUUAUCCGACUAAAACUGCUUGCUUGCAAAUGAGAAGAUGCUCCACAUUUUUUCUCCUCCUUGACUGAAGUUUCAGUCUGGAGUGAGACCAUUCCAUAGAGCAAGCUUGCUUUUUUUCUCUCUGGGUAGGAUUCAAUGGAACUGUUUUUUCUUAUUUUAAAGGAAAAAUGGUCUUUUUUUA